AUGACUGGCCUGGAGAUCCCCGAAACCGGGCUAUCUCUCCGUCCCGGAGAUCAGCCGGGUGACGCCGCCGCCAAACCAGCUCAGUUCAUGCGGCUGAACCUCGCCCAAAACACCCUCGAUGAACUCAUCUCAAGCCUCCAAUCCGAUGAUUCGACUGCCAAAGUCCGCCUGGGCAAACAUCCUACCCUCCACUACGACAACAAGACCCAAUCCUUCCAUGCCUAUCCCGAAACUCACCGCUCCGAGAUCUACCACACCUCCGAUGACAAGCAAAACCUCUACUUCACGGGUGUCCUCAGCCAUAGUUUGGAAGUCGAAAAGGCCAGGGAGGCCACCGCUGCCACCGAUCAGGCCCUGGCUAAUUUGGAGGAAAGUCUCAAUGCAUUUGAGCGAGGCAAGGCGUCCAAGUCAACGCACAUGAUUCAAAACCCCGAUGAAUUGAAGGCUCUCCGGGCGGCAAACUCGGGGAGUGUGGUGCACCGUGGCUCCAAGCCCAAAUCAGUCUUGGAAAAGGACCGAUUAAUCCGGAAUGCCAACAAUCGGUCUCUCACCUCGAGCCCGACCUUGGGCCCACCCCGGUCUCCUCUCCCCGGGAUGACCCCGACCUCUGCGCCGGCCUCGCAGGCCAAGAACAACGCCCGCCUCCAGGCUCUCAAGACCCCCUUGGUCCACCUCCUCGCAAUUCGUCCCGUGUCGACCAAGUUCCUCGCUCGUCAGACCCGAUCGACCAUUGAGGACUGCACCGUCCUCGUUCAGAAAUAUGGCACCGAGAAUCGCAUUGACCGCGAGAAGUACGAUUUGAAGGACAAAUUCUACAAGGAUCUGGACGUGUGGAAAUUCCCCUACCCGACCCAGGAUGACCGACAGGCUGCCAUUGACAAGGCGAUCUCUGCCUUUGAUCGCAUGCGUCUCUCUCGAACGGAUAAGCUGUGGCAGGGCUUGCUGCCAAAGGAGGAACGGGGCAAGGGGAAAUGUCUGUCCAAACUCAACCUCCAGAGCGGACUCCAGAGUGGACUGGCGGGCAAGAAGCCCUCCACACCCCGGAUGACCAUGGACGGUGCCGACGAUCGGAAGGAUGGUGACACCACUGGCAACGAGACGGAUCGACCGAAAGGUACCCCUGCUGUGGGUGCUAAAAAGUCGAGUACCCCUGCGGCAAGGGCACGAACGGAGAAGGAACCGGCGAAGGGACCUGCAAAGAACAAGAAUACAAACAGUACCUUGACCGGUCGAAUCACCAAAAAGACCGGCGGAAGACCUCCAGGAAAGGCUGCCACGGAGACCAAAUACAAAUCCGCUGAGUUCGUUCACGAUUCCGAUGAGUCGGACGACGAAAUGCCUGAUGCUUCACCACCUCCUGCGCCUGCACGAGCUCCAUCUCCACCUCCCGCCCCUACUCCGACCGACCGCCCGAAGCAAGCCAAGUCGACGACAGCUACCACAACCACGAAGAAGACCGCCCCAGUGAAGAAGUCGACACAGGUUUCGACCAAGCCUCGCCCAAAGGAGGACACCCCCGCAGCUCCCACACCCAAGGUCCCCAAGGCUGAGGUGCCCACUCCCAAACUCGAGCCUACCAAGACAGCGGCCAAACGACCUCCCUCUGCCCGACCCUCCACCUCCCCCCAGAAGCCCUCCCCCUCUCUCCUCUCGCCCAGCCACUCGUCAUCAUCCUCCCCGCUCAUCUCCCAACUUGGCCGGGCCAAGGCUAAGGGUGCAGUUUCUACCCUUUCGAACUCCACGCGGCCAGCCGGCACCAGCAAGGGAGGGUCUGCUUCGGUCAAUCCCUUGAAGCGCAAGGCAGAGCCCGAGCGACCGGUAGCCCCGACCCCCAUAGCCGCCCGCGCGACAAACGGCAACAAUGAUCUCAAGCGGCGCCGAGCGGUCAGUACCUCCAGUGGGGGUAGCACGGGCAGCGCAUCUCCACCCAUGAGCCAUAAAGUCGCGCAGCGGCGUCUGUGGGACAAGUCGCAGCGGUUCAAGAGGGCCUACGCCAAAUAUCACUCCUUGCAUGAAUCCCUAGCGGGCCAGGCCAACCCCCGACCGGAAUCGAUCACGAAACUGGAAGGCUGGCACGAGCAGCUGACGCAGAUGAAGAAUGAGAUCUGGGAGGAAGAUCGUAAACUCCGUGACGGCUCUUAUGCGUGA